GACGGUAACAGUCUGCGUGUGGAUAACUCGCUCCCUGGGUUUGACCUCUAAAAUGGAGAAAAUGAUCGCAACCGUGGUCUUAGUGACCACAUUGUUUACGUCCUCUGUCGCAACCAGCGGUCCGUCGGGAUAUCCCGGAGCACAGUCGUACAAUGGAUACARCCACCAGCAACAGUACCAGCCACAGCAGCAGCAGACCCAGUGGCAGACAGGCACGUCGUACCAACAAACGCAGACUAGUUCUACGUCAGCAGUAGCUGCCUCCGAACCGGCCACCCCAUCCGAUGACCUUGAGCCUCCCCCUCUGCCAGAAGGAUGGAGCGAGCAUUUUGAUCCAAACUCCGGUCAGUAUUAUUACUACAAUUCAGCCGAUGGCACAACUUCGUGKGAUCGUCCAUCGCCUCCAGAUGGUGCGGAGGAGUCACCAUUAGUCGAAGGCGAAAGCAAUGGGGAAGAUUCCCAAACACUGGAUCUAAAACCAGAGAGCAUGGACGUCGCCGGCGUUUCACAACAGGCACAAACGGAGCAGGAUCAACCGAGAAUUCCCGAUAAUCUUGUUGCGAGUGGGAACAGUCAGAUGGGGGAGAAAGAUGGAAUUCCGAAUACUUCACAAGRAAUGAACAGUUGGCAAUCUAGCCAGAGUGCACCAACCAAUCAAAAACCGGGGCCAAACGAAGCCGGCAGCCAGGUACAAGGCGAUCUCCGGCAGCCCAAAGACUGGGGUGCUCCACAACAGCAGGAAGAAUACCAGCCGCAACCCGAAGCUACCAAGUGGGGCCAAUCAAACUCCACCGAAUCCUCAUUCGUUGGAGGAGAAGCAUCGGUUCAAAAGCAGCGCGAGUAUCAAAAUGAACAGCAACCAGAAAUCGUACAACAGCAAAACGAAAAUGCUCCCGSAUGGGGAAUGCCACCGAAAGCUGUCGUCGAUGAUCGCCCUUCCGAACCURUGCGACCCUGGGGUGUGGCACCAAAGUCUCCCGAACAACAUCAGCCGCCCAGGCACAAUGGAGAUCCGCGUAGUCAACAACAAACAUCGGARCCACCGAGGAAAGAGAGCGAAGGACAACAACCGCCCGGUGCCGUUUCGUCCGUUCCUCCUAGUUAUCCCGGAAACUGGGGUGCGCCGAAGACACCGCCGAGCCCCGCCACUCAACAACAAGGAAGUCCACAAUUUCGUGGAGAAGCAACACAGAAGCCACUACCUGAGGCUCAACAGCGACCACCCAUGGAACAGGGCCCCCCCGGUGGAAACAGAUCUCCGCAGCAGCAGGCCCCACCGAGACCUCAAUAUAUGCAAAGGCAAUAUCCACCUCAGCAAUAUGGCAACUAUAACCAGCCUAUCCCUCAGGGACAAGGACAACCCCAGUACGGUGGACAGGGCUCUUACGGAAGGGCUUACCCUCCUCCUCCACAASCUCAGUCCCCGCUUGCCAACACCGGGCAACUCAUCAGCCAAGGGACCGAAGCAGGUGCAAGCGCUGUCAAAGAGGCCUUAAGCACUACUUGGAAAGGACUCCUGGGUUUCGGAAAUAGAACUCGAGACGUAGUUGGGACAGCUCGUGAACAGGUAGUCACUGGUGCAACAGCAGCGGGACAAACAAUAAGUGCUAGAAGUUCRAGUAAGUUUUGCUUGUCCCAAUGAAAGUUAGUAUUCGUACAAACGGUGGUAAUGAAGAAUUCCGAUGAUUAAUUUCUUUGUUUCAUUUUGUUAUCUUUGUCGUUUAAGGCAUUUGGGAGCAGGCGAAGUCGACCGUUGGGGGAGUAUUUGAGAACAGUGAACCUAAUGGUCAACAGCCCUAUUCACUGGGUGGGCAACCCACUCCCCACAAUAGGCCUCCGCCUGGAUACCCAGGAAGACCUACAGGUCCCAACCAAGGCUAUCCUAAUGGUCCGAUAGGACGAGGACCACCGCCACAAAGAAGUCCAGGUGGACCGCAGCAACCCCCCGGUCGCUACGGGCCCCCAUACGGACAGCAAUCACCAGGCCCUUCCGGCUAUGGCGGACCGCCCAACCGAGGACCGAGUGGUGUCCCCGGAGGACAGGGGCCGCCUCCGUCGCAACAGGAACAAAAGCCACCUGGUUAUCCUGGAAUGAAACCAAGAAGAGACCAUCCAUACCCGCCAACACAAAACAAUAGCCAACAACGUGGUCCUCCUAUGCAAUCGCAGUAUGGAAACCAGCCUGGCUACCGACCGCCGUCACAGGCAGGUGGAUAUCCACCCAAUCAACGGCCACCUUUUUCGGGUCCCCCAGGUCAGCUCAACAGAGCGCCGACAAGCAUGGAACAGCAAAAGCCACCCUCCCAACCAAAACAAGCUGAGCCUUGGGAACAUCCUGGCUUGACGGGUGAAUUUUGAAGGAAGCCAUACCAUUUAACAACACUACUAGACAAAACGAUGUGUGAUCU